AUGAGCACCAACAAUGGAGACCCGGUGCCAAGCUCGAACAAAACGGUCGCCUAUGCAACCUUUUACUGCACUCGCCUUGCCGAUGAGAGUGCUGAAGACCCAUACUUCGAUGCAGUUCAACUACUGAUAUAUCAAAUCUUACAUCGACCUUCGACACGAACCCAGCUCGGCAUCCCCUUGCUGGUCUUCGUGGCACCCCACGUAUCCCAAGCUCGGCGCAAAAUCUUUCGCUCCAUGGGAGGGAAGGUAAUCGAGCUCGACUAUAUUAGAGAUUUACCCGAACAAAUCCAACCAAGAAGACCGCGCUGGAUCGAUCAGCUCUGCAAGUUGCGAAUCUUUGAGCAAGUCUCAUACGAUUUCAUCCUGUAUCUCGACUCAGAUAUGCUGCUUACCAAAUCUUUGGAUGAUAUCUGGGACGAGCCGGUCUCGAAACAAAAAGUCAAAACACAACGAGAGAAAAUUCAGGGGCAUCAUAAAGAGUUCUCCGGCGUGGCGAGCUUACCAGACGACUACCUCUUUGUUGGAGUGCCAGACACAUAUGGAAGCCGCAAACCAGAUCCACCUAUUCCAUGGAUAGGGAAAGAUUCCAUUAAUGGCGGGUUCUGGCUGGCUUCGCCAUCUCUGGUCAUGUUUCAAUACUACGUCUCUCUGCUGGCAAGUCCGAACAGUUACGAUUCCCAAUACAUGGAACAGGGCGUCUUCAGACACGCUCAUGGAGGCGAUGGUCCGAUGCCCUGGUCACAGUUCCCUCCAGGAAAAUGGAACGUGAAUUGGCCGCGCGUGGAAGAUUUCAGACGAGGGACUGCAACCCUGCAUGAUAGAUUCUGGAUUACUGAUGAGCCAUGGGUGGAGGAAGAGCUGGUGGGGCAUUGGAAUGAGGCUAAGAAAGAGAUGCUGGGGUUCAGUGGUAGGAAUCAUGUUCAAGACUUUUCGUCUCUGGUCCUCAUCACACGACGGCUUAGUAUUUGGCGUACUGCCGUUUUGCGUUCGAGCCUUGCUCGGAAGCAGAGCGGUUCGGCGGCCAGUACGAGUUUGGUGCGUGCAUGA